CUUGCUUUUGGUGAUGGUUGUGAGUGCAGAAGUUGAUUGACAGAUGCAUGCCAGAAACCCCCAGUCUCCUUUUCAAAGACAACAUAUGAUGGAUUGCGAUCUCCCAGCGCAGCAGGACACGGGGACCAUGCAAGCUGUAAUUGGUCAGGAUCCAAUGAUAGCUGGACAAGUCAGUAAGCCCUUGCUGUCAGUGCGGAGUGAAAUGAAUGCGGAGUUGAGAGGUGAGGACAAGGCUGCUACUUCAGACAGCGAGCUGAAUGAGCCCCUGCUUGCGCCCGUGGAAUCAAAUGACAGCGAGGACACUCCCAGCAAGCUCUUCGGGGCCAGAGGAAACACAGUCUUAUCAGACCCAGGAACUCCUGACCAGCACCAGGCCAGUCAGACCCACCCCCCAUUUCCAGUUGGGCCACAGCCUCUUCUGACAGCACAGCAGCUAGCCUCUGCUGUGGCCGGGGUGAUGCCAGGAGGCCCCCCAGCCCUCAAUCAGCCCAUCCUCAUCCCCUUCAACAUGGCGGGACAGCUAGGUGGUCAGCAAGGCCUGGUCCUCACACUGCCCACAGCGAAUCUCACUAACAUCCAAGGCCUGGUAGCAGCAGCUGCAGCCGGAGGCAUCAUGACUCUGCCAUUACAAAAUCUACAAGGUAACCUCAUGCCCAGGUGCUGUGCAGUGUUCCACUGA